AUGGUCCUGUGCGACAUCUGUCGGGCGCGCAAGAUAAGGUUCGGCUCUCCGCUGCACGACGCGACAUGCGACGGUAACAACCCGUGCACAUCCUGUUCCGUCUCGGAGCAGGACUGCACUUAUGGAUCCGAAGCCAACUCACGAGGCAAGAGCGAUCUCAUCCUGGAGGGAGUCCUCCGUGUAGAGAAGUUCCUCCAUGACCUGAACGCCAGUGUCAUCGCCUCUCCCCUUUCCGAAAGGCGGCCGUCUUUCUUUUCACAGCCUGCAGGUCCUCAGUCCGGGAGCCCCUUGUUCGAAGAAUCACCCAUCACCGAGGCCCACGCCUACCGCACAGUCUGUCCGCCCAGGACACCAAUAAGUGAGACCGCACACCAGCCUCCUCCAGACUUCAAAUACGGCCAUCAAAGCCAGCAGAGCCAUCACAGCCAGAGCGGCCAGCAGCCAAAUGGCCAGAAUGGCUUCGACAACGCCGUGCUCGACUCCAUGCACACCUCGACCACCGAAUCCGUCCUGCAGUGGCCGCACUUCGACGUCUUCCCCUCCCUGCGCAACGACUAUGUCUCCAUCUUCGAGCUGGAGCAGUCGCGCCCGCCCAUCAAGAUGCGCCCCUCGGCAAUCAUGUACCCCUUUGUAAAUGAUGACGAAAUGGACUCAAUCCUGGAUGCCUUCCAACACGGCGUCAACUUCUGGUACCCCACCAUGUCGCGCCACCAGCUGGAGAAGGUCCGCCUGACCGUCAAGUGCUUCAACGCCGGCGUCGCCGAGGAGCAGAGCGUCGAGGGCUGCCUGGCCUUCCUGACCAUGGCCCUGGGCUGCGCGAGCCAGGCCAUAGCCGGGCUCGCCUCGUCCGGCCCGGCCUCGGCGCUCUCGGACGAGGACCUGAAGCAGCGCGCACAGCGCCGCGAGAUGGGCGACCUGUACUUUGACCACGCGCUGCGCCGGCUUCACGUCGUGCACAUGGACGUCGGGUCUACCGCGACACAAUGCCUCUUCUUCGCGGCCAUGUACUUCGCCUCCCUGCGGCGGCCCCUGCAGGCGUGGGAGUACAUCAAUGCAGCGUCAGCAAAGUGCCUCCUGCUGCUGUCGUACCCGCCCACGGGCGACACGGCCGAGGACGCCGAGCGCAUCCGCCGCAUCUUCUGGGCCUGCUACGUCCUCGAGAGCGACUACCUGGCCGAGCUGUCGGCCCUCCCGCAGUCCGGCAUCGCGCGCAUCGAGUCGUCCAUCCCGCUGCCGGGCGCGUACUCCACCCACCGCCGCCCGGCCGUCGAGGAGCAGUCCUCGCUCUACUUCCUCGCCUGCAUCUCCAUGCGCCGGCUCCUCAACCGCGUCCACCAGCUCCUCUACGCGCGCGGCUCCGGCGCCAGCCUCGACGCCGCGCGGUUCCCCUACGUCGUCGCCGAGCUCAACCACCAGCUCGACGAGUGGCGCGACGUCCUCCCCGCAGCCUUUAGCUUCACCCUCGACACUCGCCCCACACAGACCGAGGCCGGCGGGUUCCUCCGCCAGCGCUACCUCACCUGCCGGAGCGUCAUCUACCGGCCCUAUCUCAUGUGGAUGCUCAGCGGGAGCGGCUCCGGCGGCGACGGGCUGAGCGUCCACAAGCCCAGCUCUGAUGUGCUCAGCGGGUGCCGCGCGUGCUUGGAGGCCUGCCUGCUGCAUAUCCUCAACCUGAGAGGGUUUGCGCACACGGUAUUGGUGGACACGUGGAUCUGCUCGUUGUCCAUGGCCGGCGCGAUGCUCGUCCUCCUCGCGGCCUCGCGAGUACCGUCCUUGCGCGGUGUCAUCGGCCCCGAUCUGCUCACGGCCGGGGACCACCUUAGGAGGCUGUUGACGAGCUGGCAGCAGGUUUCCGGGGGUCCCAGCUCACCCAGUGUAGAGCAAAGCGUGAGGGUCAUAUGCGAGGCAGAUGAGUUCAUUAGCCAGGUGUUUGCGGCGGGUGACAUGCUCGCUUUGUAUGGCCAGGGAAAUGAUUCAUAG